GAAAUGGUACCUGCUGAUCUGCUUGAUUCGACCUCUGGUGCAGGUACCUUGUGUUAUUAUUUUGGUGCGAGCGACCUGAGUGGUUGGCUGCUUUAUUUUUUUCCCGGGCUCCCUUUUUCUCAGGUGCGCCUAUUUUUUUUUUCGGAAGCGCGGGACACACAACAUGCGCGACCUAAUUUUUGAUUUAGCGGGCUCUGUUUUUUUAUUCGGAAGAAUAUCGGCUGCAUGCGAGCGCGUUGUAAACAAAAACGGUAGCCGAAAUGGGCCAUUGACAGCUUCCCUUGGAGCUACGCCACCGUUGCCGAAUAAUGCCAAACGGACACUGGAACUGAGCCGUGGCUGAGGCUGAGGUGCCCAUCAGUACAGUGUAAAAUGCGCUGUAAACAGCCAGAUGCGGUGCUGUCAGCGAAAGGUACCUACCUACUCUUCCGUGUUUACUCGAACAUGUGCAAAAGCCACGACAGGCCUCAACGCAUCACCACAAUUAACCACCAAGUAUGCUCUGGCUUAAUAAUAAUGAUACUCUUCUUUAGUUUAAUAGGUAGAUAAGAGGCAUCCAGGUCCCAACGGAUAACUUCACCAUCUCCCUCCUAUUCCAGAGGUAUCUAGGUAGUGAUCACUUCCGAAUCAAAAACACCACAUCGAGCAGAGUACGAAUAGGUAUGUGCAAAAAUAGUAUACAGCCGAUAAAGGGAUCCCCCUUACCACUCCUCCUUUCCUGUGUGCUAUAGUAUUCAAAUACAUGGAGCAAAAAGGCAAAUCAAGAAAAAGAACGAAAGAAAAGAAAAAAAAAAGACCAAUGCUUUCUCAACUUCAAGCCCAGUCCAAGCCAAGCCAAGCCAAGCCAAAGAUGAAGCUUUUUCGAGGCGAGAUCCUCUCCUAGGUACUCCAAAAAACGCCGAUGCCAUGCAAAAAAGGCUGCCAUGCCGUCAACUACACUUGCUCCUCCCUUUGUCCGAAGUUUUGAAUAGCCCCAAAAAGUUAUACCUUUUGUAAGCGAGUAAGCUUCCAAAUUCCAUACCCAAGCGUGAUGAGUACUGAAAACAGGAUUGUUAAGAAAAAGAAAACCGAGCCUCC